CGAGGCGCUUACCUCGCCCGAAUGAGUCGACCUCGCUUUGUGUUUUAUCUCGCGAACAAUAACGUCAAAAUCUUAUUUAAUUUUAUUUAAAACAAAGAUAUCAUGUGCAUUGUGACCUAGAAUUUGUUAAAAAAUGUAAGUGAAUGAAUUGAAUAAUAUAGUCGAAGCACAGCCCACUAUUUAAGCUAAUCAUUAUGCCCUAGAUUUGGCUUUUGACGCUCUGCUCACGUUUCUUCACUCUGUAAGGGUAAUGAACGGUGACGUGGGAGUAGAGGCGCUUCGCCCCCGUCCCCUAUCCACUGGUCUUUGGACCAUUUUCUCGUGGCUCCGUCGUUCAGAACGGUCAUCUUCUAGUGAAAGUAUUUCCAGCGUAGGUUCUGAUCGUACCGCUGCCAGCUUCGACUUUCUGGCACCGAUAUAUUAUCCUAAUUCACAAGCUCCAAUAACAUUACCUAUAAAUUCGCCAACCGAUUCCUACAAGAGAAGAGUUCAAGAGCGAAAUUUGCGACGACAAAGAGAACGUGGAGUGACAUUACAUAGAAAAUACGGACUCUGGAGAGAAGAGGGUGGGUACGACGGAUUUAGUUUACCACCAGCUAGUAAAAACAUUGUUGAAUCGGGCGGCAAUCAACGAUGCCGAAGGGCAGCCAGUGAAUGUUUUCAUCGACGCGCUGCGUAUGUGCCCGGAAAGAGGCACGCUCCUCCACCCCCUACAUUUGUUACGACCUCAUUACCUCGUAGCUAUAAGAGAAAACGUCCAGCUCCUAAACCUCCACUGAAAGCGAUUGCAGAAAAUAAAGAAAAUAUAGAAAUAAAUAAUAACGAUACGCUCCUCCCUACACUUACGCCUUCUAGUGAUAAUUCGACUAAACAGAAUAUAGUAAACAAUGUCAAGGGGACCGGCGGUAAUUCAUUAAUUUUUAUUCCUCCACCAUCAUCAACAGAAACACAUAAAGACUCAGACAAACAACGCAAAGAAAUAAAAUUGCGGACAGAAAAAAGUUUUCUCAAACAAAUAUUUGAAAAUAAGAAGAGACACUCUGCAGAUAUUUCACAUGUAAAAUUUCUGCCUAGCAUUAGCGAGCUGGAUAAACAGGCAGCCGAAAUCAUAGAAAAUAAUAAGCUUACACACAAUUAUACUUAUCUAGAAAAUAAUAAACCUAAUAACGAAGAAAAUGCAAUAAAUAGUAAUUCUGAUAAAAUGUGGAUGUGUACUAAAUGUUUGCGGAAAUAUAAUACGUCAAUGAAAUCAUGUGUAUAUUGUGUACCUAAGGAAAAUGAACUAACUAAAAUUCUUAAUUCACAAUCCUCAAGUUCAUCUACGCAGACGGAGUUAUCUAGUCAACUAUCUAAGGAUGUUGAAGAGAAAAAGAAAUUGCGGGAAAUUCUUAAAGAAAUGAAAGACUCUCUCCCGAAGAAGCCAAAUCAGAAGAAAAUAAAACACACUAUUAAUUUUGAAUUUAAUAAUGCAUCAAAUGAAACCCCAACUUUACGUAUUGGGACUACAAUAAACGAAAAUAAGGAAAAACCUCUUGCCCAAGAUAAAUUCCAAAAGUUAAAUCAAGAACCAACAACAUCAUCUGGUGCAUUAUCAACAGGAAACCAUUCUAUCAACAAACGGCAUACUUUCAUUGAUGAAAUAACGAACAAUUCACUUGAAGGUAAUUCUGAAUCAUUAAUAAGAGCCAUAAUAACAUCAAAUAAUUUAAAAAAGCCACUCGUCCAAGCUAAGCCAAACGAAGAUUCUGUAUCUAAUACCAAGGCUGCUGCAAUACCUAAAAGUAGGGAGAUCCCCAUAGAAAAUUCCGUAAAGUUUACUCACGACAUCCUGCUACGUGCUCGCGAUAAAAACCAACUUAAACCAUUUGAAAAUAGUAACAAAACCCAAGCUAUAAAAGAAAAUAAAAUUACAACAACUACUAACUCUGGUCGAAGUACGCAUACACCGCUGAGUAUAUCGUCGUUAUUAAAUCCCAUUUACCAGCCGAAAGCAACUACCAGCACGCAGUGUUUCCAAGUGACUUCGAAAACAAACAUAAACACUGAGCAAAAGACUGUAGUUUCAUUAAAUAGCGACGUUACUUCCUCACAAUUGAAAUUAGUAACAAAAAUUCCAGCAAAAGAUUUAGAUAACACUAAUGCUGAAAAAAAUAAAUUUAAAAAAGAACCAACGAACGCGUCACCGAAUCAAAUAAAAUUAGAUCCAAAAACGGUAUCACAAAUAAUUAAAAAAUCUAUAGAACAAAAAGAAAAACAGUUACAAGAAAAUGAAGCAAAAAUCGAGGCUGUUAAAAGUGGGGAAUAUAUAAAACGAAGGGAAUUAAUUAAUCAACUUGAAUCGUCUAUAGCUAAAGGGGACGAGACAGCAGCUGCUGAGGCUGCUUCAAAGUUAGCCAAACUACGUCUUUCAUGUUCUGUUCUAUCUUAUUCUUCUCAAAUACUAGCUGGACCUUCUACAUCAGGUAUUACCAUACGCAAUCCAGAUGCAAGCAAGCAAGAAAAUUUCAUAAAUAAAAACGACGUCGAGCCCCAAGAAAAGAAGACAUUUGUGGAGUCACAAAUAAAUAAGAAUAACACAAAAAAUAUAAAAACGGAGGUUGUUCAGCAAAUUGAGGAUCACAAAGAUGUAAUGAAUGAUAUUAUUCCGAUCGAAGUUUGGAUAGAGGAUAAAAUUGCAGCUAGAGGACCGGUUCAUUUAACUAUUUCCCAACGUUCUACAAUUGCAGAUUUAAAAAGAGAAGCAUUGUCCUAUCUCGGUAUAGAGAUACGGUUACAGCGCUGGAUCGUGGGAAAAUCUCUCUGCACAGACGAUAAUGUACCCAUUAUUUCAUUAGCAGGGACAGCAUUCGACGCACCUUUUUAUUUAUGUUUAGUUGAAUCAGACGAAAACAAAGCGUCAAAAGCGGAGGCUUCAAGUUUAGUAAACUGCGGAGAGUUUUACACGGAAUUAAUAAAGUUGGAGCAACAGGCACUUAUAUUAAAUUCUGAAACUUUCGAAUGUGGAGUAUGUCUUGAAGAAUGUGCUUUGGGGGACGGAGCUGUUCUCCGCGAUUGUCUUCAUACCUUUUGUAAGGAAUGUCUAUCAGAUGCAGUGCGACAUUGUGAAGAGCCAAUAAUAUCUUGUCCGGCUGUAGGCUGUCCUGGAGUUCUACAAGACAGAGAAAUUCGAGCUUUACUCUCAGCUGAAGAUUAUGAGAAAUGGUUAGCUCGAGGUUUGGCUGUAGCUGAAAGUGGCACACGUAAUAACUUUCAUUGCCGAACACCAGAUUGCUCAGGUUGGGCAUUUUGCGAACCCGGAGUCAGAGUAUUUCCUUGCCCUGUUUGUAAGAGGAAAAAUUGUAUACCGUGUCAGGCCUUGCAUGAUGGUGAAACCUGCGAGCAAUAUCAGAAGAAAUUGCGAGAAGUAACUGCAGAUAAUACAGACGAAGGGACACAAGCGUUGCUCGAUUCUUUAAUAUCUCGCGGGGAAGCAUUACGAUGCCCAGAAUGCCAAGCUAUCAUCACAAAAAAAUGGGGAUGUGAUUGGGUUAAAUGUUCUGCGUGUAAGACGGAAAUUUGUUGGGUCACAAAAGGGAGAAGAUGGGGUCCAGGUGGGCGGGGUGACACCAGUGGUGGGUGUAAGUGCGGCGUUGAAGGGAAAAAGUGCCAUCCCACGUGUAGUUACUGUCAUUAAGUAUAUCUACCGAAACGGUUUCAAGGAGAAAACAAAAAAAAUGUAUAACUAGUAAAAAAUUUUUGAAUGAAUCAUACAUUUAAAAAAAAUCGAUAAUUGUAUUCAAUAUUAGACUGCUAUUGCGAUGUUCUUCAACGUUAUUUAGUAGAUUAUAUCACAGAACAUUUGCGUACAUAACAUAACUUUUAAUGUUUUCGUUUGUUAAAUAUCUAUGGACGAAGCGCGCCAAAACUGCAAGCGUAUAGAAUUUAAAUGUGUUUUUCUUUUGAUGAAAAUUGUUUUUGACAAUUAUACUUAUAGCAAGUUAAUUUUAUACAAGUGUAAUUUGCUU